CCUUUUGCGGAAAAUAUCCUGAGCCGUACUACGGACGUUUUAUAGGAAAAUUACAGGAAUUCGCUCACGGUAUUAAGGGAGACGUUUACGCCGUAGACGAAAGCACAAUUUUUAUUAAAGGAUUUUCGUACGAUGGAACCGGCCCAGACGCCUUCUUCUGGAUUGGAAACUCGCCCAGACCCAGCCCGGAAGGGCAAAUAAUUCCGUAUCCGGAGGAUUACGUUGGCAGAGAGCCUCCGGUAUUAGGGGCUCACAAUAACACGAACAUAAUCCUCAGGCUGCCAAUGGGAAAAAGAUUAAGAGACAUUAGAUGGCUUUCCGUCUGGUGUCGGCGGUUUACAGUAGAUUUUGGGGAAGUCUUCAUACCUCCAAACUUGGAAGUUCCCAAGCCACGAGUGCUACCCGAAUUUAAAAGAUUGGCCCAUGGACUGAGAUCGGACAAUAUUAGUAUACUAGAUGCGAAAACGUUUUAUAUACCGAAUUUACACUACGAUGGUGCUGGACCGGAUGCGUACUUUUGGGUCGGCAACGGUACCGAACCUACCCCUUUUGGAAUUAAAGUGCCCAACGAAAUGGGCUCCCUAGAUCCUCUACGUGGAUAUCAAGGUGAAGAUAUCGAAAUACAAUUACCGGGAUCUCUGACUGUUUACGAUAUCGAUUGGUUGGCUGUGUGGUGUGUUCAGUAUAGGCAUAACUUUGGCCACGUAUUGAUACCCAAAGAUUUAGACGUACCGCCGGCAUUAGGACAGACUAAAAUUUCGACAAGUUCAACACCUAGAUCUUCGCCACCGACGAACUGUCGCGAGUUUUUAGACAAACGACUUCAGGUGCAGUGGCUAAUGAAAGGAGACCAAGUGCAAAUCACACUGUCGGCGAAAAUGAGAGAAGACCAGUACGUGGCCUUCGGCUUAUCCGGUGCCCAAAAUCGCCCUCAAAUGGCUGGGGGUGAUGUUACUGUGGCGUUUUACGACACGGUUUCUCGUACCUUCCAAGCGGUCGAUUAUUACAUGUCUCAUCCUGCACAAUGCGAUGGAAAAUCCGGUGUGUGUCCUGAUGAAAGGAUUGGUGGACGAAACGAUGUCACGGUCAUUUCGGGUGAACGAAAAAACGGCGUUACCAAAAUAGUGUAUACGCGUCCUUUGCAAACCAACGAAGCUGUUAACGACAGAUCAAUACCAUCCCAAGGGGAGGUGAGCGUUAUUGCCGCUUUUGGACCGCUAAAUUCGCGAAGGGAAGCCAAUGCGCAUUCCAUCACUGAUAAAACCACCGAAGAUUUCCGCAUCGAUUUCAGUAGCUUUGACGAUCAUGACUGUUCUGGUAGCUUGUACGACUUAACGUUGCUGGACGGUCCGCAACCAUGGCCUCCUAGUCGGAUAACGGGAGAAACAGUAUUUAGCGCCAAAAUCGGUCCAACCGGUGGUAAAAGAGGAUACACCCCAAUUACUGGUCAUCCCUCUUGGGGUAUAGCGUGGUACAUUAACGAUCUCCUCAUACCCGAAAUAACGGUCGAAAGAGGCCAAACGUAUACAUUUAUGGUUGAAGGAGGAGAUGACAGUACAAAUCCAGCGAGGUACCACCCAUUCUAUAUUACGGACUCUGUCGAGGGCGGGUUUGGUCAGAAAAGCGAAAAAGAACAGAAAAGGCAGAAGGUGUACGCUGGUGUCGCGUACAACCGCGACGGAUAUCCUUAUCCCACGGCCGCGGGUAGAUACUGCGAAUGGACCCACAAAAGUAUUGACAAAUCGUCAGAAAAAGAAACCUUCCAAGAGUUCGUGGAGACACUUCGACUUGAAUGUGAACCAGGUUCCCCUGCUAUUUUAAAUUGGACUGUGCCGUUAGACGCUCCAGAUCUUCUAUACUAUCAGUGCUACACACAUACAAAUCUUGGUUGGAAAAUUCAAGUUGUCAACCCGGGAUACAAUUCUCAGCAGAAUGGUGACGAUACAAGCGGCGCACAAACAUCAAUCUUCAGUGUGGUCGGAACAAUAAGUUGCAUUUUGGCGGCGGUUACCAUUAGUACAAAUAGUCCAAGUCAUAUUUUUUAACAAUGUAACGCACUUCUUAAUAACUACGGGACUACAGACUAUUACGUGACAAUAAAUUAUACUUCCCGAAGUGUCUAAUUACAAACAAUUUUGAUGUUGGUAAAGUGCGCACAACGAAGCGUACCAUGUUAUUGUAAUUUUGUAAAUGUUUUAUCGAAAUACUUUAAAGUAAUCGAGGUCAAUACACCUAACUAUAAUGUAAAUUUGACAAUAAUAAUAUUAUGUGAAGAUGUGCACAAAUUUGACAAUAAAAAAAUCUUUGUAAUUAUAGGUAUUUAACUAAGCUAAUCUGAGGCUGUUCAUGCUGACAAUAAGAAAUUGAUUACUUACCUACCUUAAAAUUAAUUUUAAUAUACAUUGUCUUUGUAUGAUGGUCAUUUAUCGGAUGUUAUACAUAUUCUACACAUAUCUAUAAAUGUAAUUUAGUUGUUUUCAGCUUAAGUACAUUUUCUUAUACAAUAUUGACCACUGUUGAGUUUAAAAGAUUCUAUUAAUUCUGCAUAGGUAUUAGAUAUAUGAACAUAUUUCUAUAUAUACAUUCAUAUUUGGAUGUUUUAUAUGCAACUUUUUAAUGUUUUGUAUUGAUAAAUAAGGUAGUGCUGUGUUUAUUACAACAAAUUAGUUCACGUAUUUAUAUUAAUGUAACACAAUUAAGAAUAUUCUCUUAAUUUUAUUGGAGUGCCUUUUUGUAUGAUAAAUUAAAUUUAUGCCAUAAAUAAUUUUUUUGAAU